AACAGGAGGACGCGGGCGGGAGGACUGGGUUUCCCGCGCGUUCCUGGCACCUGCCUGCGGUGGGAGGCGCGGGCCGAGCCAUGUCGGAGAUCCUGUGCCAGUGGCUCAACCAGGAGUUGAAGGUGUCCCAGACCGUGAGUCCCAAGUCAUUUGCAAAGGCAUUUUCCAAUGGCUAUCUAAUUGGAGAAGUUUUGCACAAGUUUGCACUUCAGGAUGAUUUUGCAGAAUUUUCAGAAAGCAGGAUUUCAAGUGCCAAACUUAAUAAUUUUUCUCGCUUGGAGCCCACACUUCACCUUCUGGGUGUGCAGUUUGAUCAGAAUGUGGCCCACAGUAUCAUCACAGAAAAGCCUGGGGCGGCCACGAAACUCUUAUAUCAAUUGUACAUUGCUCUCCAGAGAAAAAAGAAAGGUGUGCUGACUGGAGUGGAAAUGCAAACCAUGCAACCCCUGACAAAUACAAAAGUUCAAAACGUGAAAAGCGAGACUUUCCGAGAUCAACGCUUGAGCAGAAGACGACAAAAUGAAAUAAUGGCUAAAAUCCAAGCAGCUAUCAUACAGAUUCCUAAACCCGCAUCAAACCGAAUUCUGAAAGCACUUGACACUCAAAAAAUGUUGAAAAAGAAAAAAGAGGCAGAGGAUGUGGCCAAUGAGAUUAAGAAGUUUGAAGCAUUAAUAAAAAAGGAUCUCCAAGCAAAAGAAAGUGCAUCCAAGACUUCUUUAGAUACAACAGGCCAGACAACUGCUGAUUUGUUAAACACUUAUUCGGAUGAUGACUACAUUAAAAAAAUCCAAAAGCGCCUCGAAGAAGAUGCUUCUGCACGAGAGCAAAGGGAGAAAAGACGGCGGAGACUCUUAAUGGACCAGUUAAUAGCCCACGAAGCACAAGAGGAGGCUUAUCGGGAGGAGCAGCUCAUCAACCGGCUGAUGCGACAGUCCCAGCAGGAGCGCAGGAUCGCCGUGCAGCUCAUGCAUGUUCGGCACGAAAAGGAAGUUUUACGGCAAAACAGAAUUUUCAGAGAAAAACAAUAUGAGGAAAGACGGCUUAAAGACUUCCAGGAUGCUCUCGAUCGAGAAGCGGCUUUGGCCAGACAAGCCAAGAUUGAUUUUGAAGAACAUGCCCUCAGAGUUAAGGAAAUUCAUGAGCAGAUUGCCGUGGAAAGGGUUCAAGCUCAUUACAAAAAGCAUUAUUCAAUAUGUGCAGAAAUUUUGGAUCAAAUCCUUGAUUUGUCCACUAAAGUGGCGGACUAUCGAAUGUUGACAGAUAACCUGAUUCCAUAUAAGUUGAUGCAUGAUUGGAAGGAACUGUUUUUUAAUGGAAAGCCCAUAUAUGAGCAAGCGUCUCUUAAGCAUCUGCCAGCUAAGCUCUCUGCAGAACAGCUUAUAGAACUGGAGAAAAGGGACUUGCUAGAUAACAAUGAUUAUGAAGAAUAUAAGAACAUGGUUGGAGAAUGGACCUUACCAGAAGAAAUGGUUGAUAAUUUACCACCCUCCAACAAUUGCAUAUUGGGCCAUGUGAUUCACAGACUAAUUGAAAGUUCUCUUCCUCCUCAAGUUGAAUCAACAGUACCUGAGUUACCUUCAUUUGCUAUAAAAGGAUGCGUGUUGGGGAAAACAUUUAGUGGAAAAACUACUGCUCUAAAGUCUCUAGAGAAAAGCUUUCCUAUUCAGGUACUUUCUAUUGACACUCUCGUCCAAGAAGCGAUCCAAGCAUUUCACAACAAUGAGAAGAUCAGCGGAGCCCUUCAGAAAGCAGCCGAAGAAAAGGCUCUACCAGUUAGGCAAGAGAGUAGUAAAGAAAGCCAGGCAAUUCACCAUGUCACCAGCUCUGAAGCAUUACCAGAAACAGAAGAUAAAAGCAGACUUAGUACCAAUACUAGAAAAACACCAAAAGCUGAAGAAGUCGUAGCAAGUGAGAGUUUCUCUGAACUCACUGUGCGUGCUCAGCUUGGUGCGAAAUCAGAAGAGUUGCUGAAGAAAGGAAGGAGCAUAUCUGAUAUGUUGCUAGUCAGCAUCAUGGUAAAUGCUAUUAAUCAGAUACCUAUACAUAAAGGCUGGGUCCUGGAUGGCUUUCCAAUGACAUUAAACCAAGCGAAGCUUCUGGAGGAAGCCCUCACAGGCUGCACCAGAAACCUCAUAGAACUGGAGGGAAAGAAAUCACAAAUAUCCACAUUGGCUGUUGACCCUACAACUUCCAGAGAAGUGCCUCUUCCCCCUUCUGCAUUUGAUUUUGUCAUGUUAUUAGAUAUUUCAGAUAAUUCCUCACUGAAUCGCAUGAAUGACAUCAUGGCUGAAGCAUUUUCAAGUGAAACUCCUCAUGAAGACAUCAAUCAACGUGUAGCUGCUAAAAACCAAGAUGUGGAUGAGGACCAGAAUUUAAGAGAUCAAAUACAGCAUAGAAUUUUAGGCUUCUUGGACAACUGGCCUUUAUUGGAGCAAUGGUUUACAGAGCCAGAAAACAUUUUGAUAAAAAUUAAUGCUGACAUAGAUAAACAGUCUUUGUGCCAAAAAGUAAAGGAAAUGGUUAUGACUGAAAUAAUGAAAAAAGAGAAUAAAGUGAAAAAGAAAUUAGAAGAAAAGGAAGCUGAGGAAAAAGAAGAAGUUUCCCCAACUGAGGCUACAUCACCUCUCCCUCCUCCCCCUCCUCCUCCUGAACCAGAAAAAGAGAAGGAAGUCCACCCUCAGCGUGAGCAUUCCAAAACUCCUGCUGCAAAAGGAAAACCAGCAUCAGAACCCCCGCAUGGUAAUCGAGAAUCUCCUCAGGAAGGAAAAGGGAAGAAAAGUGAAACUUCACUCAAAAGAAAAGGUUCUCCCAGAGGAAAAUCUCCAGGAGGGAAAGUUCCAGUAAAGAAAUCACCUGCUGACUCUACAGAUGUGUCACCUGCCCCAGUAGUGCCACCCCCAUCUAAGCCAGGAUCAGAAGAAUGGGUGUAUGUGAAUGAACCAAUUCCUCAGGAAAUACGAUCAUUUUUAGUACCUUACUGGAAACUGAUAGAAAAUUCCUAUAUAAAUUCCAUCAAAACAGUACUCAGGCACCUGAGAGAAGGCCAGCAUACGGUGAUUGCUUACUUAUAUGAUAUUAGAACAGGUUUCCAGCAGUUUCUAAGGCGUCCGGACCACAAGCAAGAUUUUGUAUCUCAGUGGCAGGCUGAUUUCAACUCUCUUCCUGAUGACCUGUGGGAUGAUGAGGAAACGAAGGCUGAACUACACCAAAGAGUGAAUGAUUUACGGGACCGCCUGUGGGACAUCUGUGAUGCCCGCAAGGAAGAGGCAGAGCAGGAACGUCUGGCCAUCAUUAACGAGAGCUGGUUGCAGGACUCGAUGGGAAUCGCGAUGAACCAUUUCUUCUCACUGAUGCAGGCAGAACUGAACCGCUUCCAAGAUACGAAGAGACUGCUUCAAGAUUAUUACAGGGGAAUGGAACGUAAAAUCCCAACAGACGACACUAAGAGAUUUACUCGAGUCCCAUUGGUCCAACUGGAUAGUAAAGAUAUUUUGGAAUUCCAGCUUAGAAUUCCCCUAGUUCCUCAAAGACCCAAUUCUCCAGAGUCAGCUUUAUCCAAACCAAAAACAAAAGCCACACUGAAGGGUAAGAUCGAUUACUCACUGGAAAACAUAGAGUUAAACUUUGAGGCCGCUGAGAAGAUGAUGAUGGACACGUGGCAGCAGUCUUCGUUAGCAAUAUCUCACAUGGUGGCUGCUGAAAUUCAUCAGAGGCUCAUGGAAGAAGAAAAAGAAAACCAGCCAGCAGACGCAAAAGAAAAACCUCCUCAGGUAGCUGCAAAUAAAAAAGUGAAAAAGGAGCCGCCCAAGAAAAAAAAAGAGGACAAAAAAGGAAAAGGUAAAUCCCCACCUAUGGCAGAAACCGCUCCUGUAAUAGUAACAGCAGAGGAGGCUGAAGAAACGGAAAUAAAAAACAAACUGAGGCUCAGAAUAAAGGAAGAGCAUCUUGCUGCCCUGCAGUUUGAAGAGAUAGCUGCACAGUUCAGACUUGAAAUGAUCAAGGUAAAAGCAUUGGCUUUCCUGGAAGAGUUAGUAACAAAGGCAGUUGAUGUAUAUAAACUCAUGGAAAAGUGGCUCGGUGAGAGGUACUUGAAAGAAAUGGCCAGUGUGGAAAAAUUAACUGAGGUAGCUCGCUAUCACAUUGAAACAUCAACCAAAAUUCAGAAUGCACUUUAUUUAGACCAAGAAGAUUUCUGCAUUAACGGCGAUAUAAAAGUCUUUCCAGACCUAUCUCCUCCGAUACGCCCUCCACCUGUAGAAAGGGAAGAAAAUGGCACCCUGACCAUCGAACGUCUUGGCAAUCUUCGGGAUCAGUUCUUAGAGAUAGCACCCAAAGGCAUAAUAGGAAACAAAGCAUUUGCUGACAUUCUGCUGGAUUUGGUAACCCUGAACCUUGGAACAAACAACUUUCCUAGUAGUUGGAUGAACCUCACUCAACCUGAAGCUGGUCUGUGGUUUACGGGAGAUGAAGAUAGAAAAAUUCCAGAAAAUCCCCUUGAACCUCUGCCAUUCAAUAGGCAGGAGCAUCUUAUAGAGUUUUUCUUUAGAUUAUUUGCUGACUGUGAGAAGGAUCCACCUCAGCUUGACUACACACAGAUGCUGCUUUAUUUUGCUUGCCAUCCAGACAGUAUGGAAGGGGUCUACAGGGCCCUCAGUGUGGCCACUGGGACUCAUGUCUUCCAGCCAAUUGAAAGGCCUCCUCUUGUUGCAGAAAAGACCUCCUCCUUUACUGAUAUGAGUCCCAUUGAGGAAUAUCCUGAACUUGAGGACAAUUUUAUAAGUGAAGAAAAGGAAUUACAAGAGGAAGGGGAGGAAAAGGAAGAAGAAAUCUCUAAAAACGCGAACACGGAAAUGAUUUCCAUGGAAACACUACUCAAGGUGUUCCGAGGAGCAAACGAAGUACGGGACGCUAACAGAUUUGCCAGCCACCAAAAGGCAGAGAACAUGUAUUCAGAGGGCUUCAUAAAAGUAUUUCAGGACCUAGGUUCCAAGAAUCUGGAGCCAGUUGAAGUUACUGUUCUUCUGAAGCAUCCUUUUAUUCAAGAUCUGAUUUCAAGUUAUCCAGACUAUAAAAUCCCUGAUGUUAAAAUAAUUCUCCAAAGGAGUGAGCAUGUACAAGGAAGUGAUGAAGAGAGGUCUCCUUCAAGACUCACAGAGGAAAAGAAAUGA